GAGCGACAACCUAUUUCGGCAUCUGGAGGGGCUGUACCGGCGGGACCUGCUGGUGCGCAUGGUGGUGGAUGAAGCACACUGUGUCAGCCAGUGGGGGCAUGACUUCCGCCUGACUACCAGCCACGGCCACCCAUGCAGUGCUCAAGAGCAAGUCCCCACGCCUCUCUCCCCCCUCUCCCCUCAUCCACCAGGGCCUGGGCGUGCUGAAGAGCAAGUUCCCGUCGUUGCCGCUGAUGGCACUCACAGCCUCAGCCACCCAUGCAGUGCUCAAGAGCAAGUCCUCACGCCCCCCUCUCCUCUCCACCCUCAUCCAACAGGCCUGGGAGUGCUGAAGAGCAAGUUCCCCACGGUGCCGCUGAUGGCGCUAACAGCCACGGCCACCCAUGCAGUGCUGAACAGCAAGUCCCCACGUCCCUCUCUCCCCUCUCCCCUUCUCCGCCAGGGCCUGGGAGUGCUGAAGAGCAAGUUCCCGUCGGUGCCGCUGAUGGCGCUGACAGCCACGGCCACCCAUGCAGUGCAGGCGGAUGUGGUCAGUGCACUGUGCCUCAAGCAGUGUGUUGUCUUCAAACAGACCUUCAACCGCCCCAACCUCAGGUACGAGGUGAGGGCGAAGGGGCGGCGGUGCAUGGACGACAUAGACUCGUUCAUCCGGAGCAGCGGGUUCUUCCGAGAGUCAGGCAUCGUGUACUGCCUCUCCCGCAACGACUGCGAGAAGACCGCUGAACAGCUCACUAAGCUGGGCCACAGAGCGGGGUUCUAUCAUGCCAACAUCGCAGCAGGCGAGCGGGCAGACGUGCAGAGGAGGUGGAGCAAGGACGAGAUCAACGUCAUCUGUGCCACUGUCGCAUUUGGCAUGGGCAUCAACAAGCCAGAUGUUCGUUUCGUCAUCCACCAUUCCCUUCCUAAGAGUAUUGAGGGCUACCACCAGGAGUCGGGGCGAGCAGGGAGGGACAACCUGCCUGCCACCUGCGUGCUCAUGUACAGCUAUGGCGAUUAUGCGCGAGUGAAGAAUAUGCUGCUGCAGGGAGCGGAGGAGACAGCAGAUGGUGGGGGCUGCCUUUUGAUUCGACUCAAAAGUAAACUCGCUCCAAUGUCACAGGCGCGGGCGCGGGUGAAGCACAUGCUGCUGCAGGGGGCAGCGGAGGCGGCAGGUGGGAGGGGUGGAGGGGGAGGGGGGAGAGGGGGCAUGGGGCCGCAGCAGCAGCUGGAAACGAAUCUGGACAACCUUCAUCGCAUGGUGAGUCAGAUGCACUGCAUGGUGAGUCAGAUGCACUGCAUGGUGAGUCAGAUGCACUGCAUGGUGGCAUACUAUGAGAACGAUGUGGACUGUCGGCGCACGGUGGCGUACUGUGAGAACGAUGUGGACUGUCGGCGCACGGUGGCGUACUGUGAGAACGAUGUGGACUGUCGGCGCACGGUGCAGCUCUCUCAUUUCGGGGAGCGCUUUGACCCCGCGCACUGCCGCCGCUCCUGCGACAACUGCUGCCGGGACGUUGCCUCCGCGCCCCGAAACAUCACGCGCCUGGCCCUGCGCAUCAUAUCUCUCAUUCGUGACACGGGGGAGCGCCACACCCAGCAGUACAUCCUUGACCUCCUGCGUGGCUCUGCCAGUGCCCAGCCCAAGGUGAAGCGCAAUGGGCACGCAGCUCUGGCGCAGCGAAUGGCGGAGGAGAAUAAGGCGGGUGGCGGGGACGAGGAGGAGGGCGGGGCGGCAGGGGGGUGGAGCCGGCGGGACAUGGAGCGGGUGGUGCGACACCUGGUGUGCGUGGAGGUGGUGCGGGAAGACAUAAACAAAAGCGAGGCGUAUGGGUCUAUCUCCUCAGUGCUGCGAGUGAGUGUAACAACUUCCCUUUUUAACACACAUGCGUGUCACCCUCUGGAGGGGGACAUGGAGCGCGAGGUGCAGCACCUGGUGUGUGUGGAGGUGGUGCGGGAAGACAUCAGCAAGAGCGAGGCGUAUGGCUCUAUCCUGUCUCUACUCCGGGUGAACGACAGCAAGGCAGAGGCGCUAUUCUCAGGGAAGCUUCACCUCACUCUCAGCUUCCCCAUUCAGAAGCGACCUGACUCUGCACAGGUGUCAAUUGGUGCAGGCAGGACCACAUCACCUGCUGCUGCCACCGGCGUCACCCCCACCAGCAAAGCCGCAGGCAGCAGGUGCAGGAGGCAAGCCAGAACCAGGAAAGGCGCUACCGCUGCUGCUGCCAAUGGGUCUACAGCUGGCACCAUGGGAGGAGGGAAUGGCGUGGAGGCAGAUUCAUGGGCUGAUGAGAUUGAUAAUGGUGAUGAUGGUUCUGGUGAUGUGAGAUGGUCCGGUGGUGCUGGUAGCAGGGGGUUCUCUUCUGGCGUUGAUGGGGGAGUUGAGCAAACGGAAGGAGCACAAGGAGCAGAGGGAACAGCAGGAGCAGGGAAGGGGUUUCAGCAGAUGGCUGCUGCGGCGGCUGCUGCUGUGGACUCGGCUGCGCCCUUUUCGCCUCCCAAGCAGGCGGCUGAUGUGGUGCUGUCAGGGGCGGUGUACAAGGCACUGCACGCGUUGAGGCAGACCCUGGUGCAGGAGUCGGGCAAGAACCUCGCACCCUACCACAUAUUCGGGUGA